CAAGCGUGGUGGAGGUGGCGGUGGCGGUGGCGGUGGCGGUGCGGAAGGCGACGUGUUCGCCCCAAGCAUGGCGAUGUUGUUUGAUGGGAUCAGCCAGCAGCUGGACUUCUCUAGCUGUGGAGAGGAAGGGAGCAGCAGCAGCGGUGGCGACAACAGCUCCGAUGACUGCACCUCCAGGAUCCCAAGUCCCAGAAUCCGAAGUCCCAGCUAUGCCUGCAGAACACCCAGGGUGCAACGCCACCGCAGCAGAAGCAACACCUUAUCGUCUCCUUUACAGUGCACCAGCCCAAUACCGUACGCUUCCUGGAGGAAGCUGAGGCUCUGUGACUCUCCCAGCACACCAAAGAGUCUGCUCUCGAAGUCGUCCCACCCUUGCUCCAGUUCCAAGAUAAGCUUCAAACAGAGAACCCUGUGUUUCACCUCAGCUGCUGCGAACCUCAUCCAGGCACCUUCUGUCAACGUGAAUCCUUUCACCCCUGACACAGUACGCAGGAAUAGUGAGCAGCAGUGGAAGAACAGCUGUAGGAGUGAUGAUGAUGAUGACUAUGGACGCAGGUUGAAACACAGCCUAACGUCAUCUGAAGAGGAUGAUGAGGCCUUUCUCCCACCAAAGAGGCAAGCUGUCCAAGCCUUCAUGCUGUCACGGUAUGAGAGCGAGUUUCUGGAGCUGGAGUGCAUUGGCGUGGGCGAGUUUGGGGCAGUUUAUAAGUGUGUGAAGAGGCUGGAUGGUUGCUUGUACGCCAUAAAACGCUCUCGGCGACCCCUCGCAGGCUCUGCCAAUGAGCAGCUGGCCCUAAAGGAAGUGUAUGCACAUGCUGUUCUCGGCCACCACCCACAUGUAGUUCGCUAUUAUUCAGCAUGGGCAGAGGAUGAUCACAUGAUUAUUCAGAAUGAAUAUUGUGAUGGUGGAAGUCUCAGUGAUGCCAUUGUUAAGAAGCAGAUCCAGUCUGAACUGUUUUCAGAGGCAGAGUUGAAAGAUCUGCUCUUACAAGUAUCCAUGGGUCUAAAAUACAUCCACAGCUCAGGCCUAGUACACUUGGACAUCAAACCGAGUAAUAUAUUCAUUUGCCAGCGUCCCAGCGCAACUGCAGUGGAUGAGGGGGAGAGUGAGGAGGAAGAUGACACUUCGGCAGGAGUCAUUUACAAAAUUGGGGAUCUGGGUCAUGUGACAUCAACCAACAGUCCUCAAGUUGAGGAAGGGGAUAGCCGCUUUCUGGCCAGUGAGGUCCUGCAUGAGGAUUACAGCCACCUCCCCAAGGCAGACAUCUUUGCCCUGGGCCUUACGGUGCUGCUGGCAGCUGGAGCUCCUCCUCUGCCUCAAAAUGGAGAUGAGUGGCACAGCCUUAGAGAGGGGAAGCUCCCCAAGCUGCCACAUGAGCUCUCACCUCCCUUCAGAGGCCUACUUCAGCUGUUGCUGGAUCCAGACCCGACAAAGCGGCCAUCUGCCAGGGAGCUUUGCAAGCACACAGUCUUAAGGGUGGAGAGGACUGGGAGGCUGGCUGCUCAGCUACGAAGAGAGCUCAAUGUAGAGAAGUUCAGGACAGCCAUGCUUGAAAAAGAGCUCCAGGAGGCUCGUCAGGCAGCAUUGUCACCCAGGCAGAACCUCUCUCCUGGGCUGAAACAUCCUGCCAAGAUGGGGUCUCUGCCCAGAACAGGGAGACGACUUGUCGGUAGGAAGACAGCACGUUCGAUGAGCUUUGGUUGCACCGGUUAUGGAGACUGAUGGGAAAGUGUGAGACCCAUAUGCCUGUCCUUGACACUAGCGUAAUGUGACUCCUUCUGAAAUAAGAUUGUGGCUAAAAUGCUGCACGUCCAUGUGAGAGGACAAUAUGACGAGCUCCUCUAGGCAGGACUGGUACUGGUAAUAACUGGAUGGACAGUCUGGUUGGGGCCUUCAUAGAGACUGGAGAGUUUUGGACAGCCUUGGUUCGAAAGGAUUCAUCUGACUCCAAACCUUUGUCUCAAGUGAUAAUUUCAGCUUCUUCUAACUGCUGCAGAACAAUGUA